AUGAGCAAUUUUGGUGAUGUACCAAAUCUUUCUGGGAAUUUCAACGACAUCGUUAACUUUUACUGCCAAAUUCUCAGUACUGCCAAGCAUGUGGGAGACAAAGCUAGUGAAGGAGCUGUGUAUAGUACCCUUGGUGGUUUUUUUCUGGGUCAAUGUGAUUACAAGAAAGCCAUAGAAUAUAACGACCUUGCUCUUGAUAUUUUCAAAGAAUUGGGCAACAAGAGACAGGAAGGAUAUGUGUAUCAAUGUCUUGGUGAUGUUUUCCAAAAGCUCGGUAAUUUCGAAAAAGCCAUUGAGUACCAAAACCGUGCGCUCAGUAUUGCAAUAGAGCUGGGAGAAAAGCCUAUGGAAGGUAUGGCUUCCUACGGGCUUGGCAAUUGUUUUCGAGGCUUGUGUGGUUAUAAGAAAGCAAUAGGCUUCUAUAACCGUUGUCUUACUGUCGCUAAAGGUCUGGCUAACAAGGAAAUCAGUAGGUCAUUAGAAGGUGUUGCCCUUGCCAAUCUCGGACACGCUUUUGACUGCCUUGGUGAUUACAAACAAGCUGAAAUUUACCAUAGGCUUCACCUUAGCAUUGCCAAAGAGAUGAGAGACAAGUCUGGAGAGGGAGAUGCUUACACAGGUCUUGGCAACGUUUUUCAGGGCCUUGGAAAUUUCAAAAAAGCCGAAGAGUAUUACAGCUUAGGCCUUAGCAUUGCCAAAGAUGAACGAAACAAAGAAGCAGUGGCACUUGCAUAUUUAGGUCUAGCAAACGCUUCCCGCAACCUUGGAGAUACAAAAAAUGCAGUAAAAUACUCUAAUCUGCAGCUUACCUGCGCAAAAGAACUAGGAAACAAAUAUAUCGGGAAAGGUGCGUAUUGCAACCUUGGACAUAUUUAUAAAAGUCUUGGAGACUUCAAGAAGUCCAUAGAAUACUUCAAACGCUACCUUGAAAUUGCCAAAGAUUUUGGAGACUUGGAAGGAGAAGGGGCCGCGUAUGGUGGCCUUGGCAGUGCUUUUGACAGCCUCGGAGAUUUCGAAACUGCAGUUUACUAUCACGACCAACAUCUUGAUAUCGCUAAAAAAAUUGGAGAUAAAGACGGGGAGGCGAUUGCACACGGCAAUCUCGGUAACGCUUAUCUCAGUCUUGGUGACUUCAAGAAGGCCCUCUACUACUACUUACACCGCCUUAGUAUGGCAAAAGACCUGGGAGAUAAGGCAGGAGAAGGACGUGCGUAUGGCCAUCUCGGCCGCACUUAUCAACAUAUUGGCGACUACGACAAAGCCAUGGUCUAUUACGACCGGCGUCUCUGUAUUGCCCAAGAACUUGAAGACAAGGCUGGGGAAGGGGCUGCCUGUGGCAAUCUAGGUACAGUUUCCCAAAAUCUCCGUGACUACAUGAAAGCCAUAGAUUGCCACAAACAACAGCUUAGAAUUGGCAAAGAAAUAGGAGACAAAGGAAUGCUAGGCAGAGCCUACAGUAAUAUUGGACAAUGCUUUGAGAUGCUGAAAAGUUUACCUGAAGCACUCGAAAAUUACCAAACAAGCGUCAAAGUGUUCAAUGAAAUGAGAAGUCUCCUCCAGUCUGAAGAUCAGUGGAAGAUUGGAUUUCGGAACGAAUGUAAUCAAGCUUACACAGGUCUUUGGAGAGUUUUGUUAAAACAGGAGAAGCUUACUGAAGCUCUAGUUGCUGCCGAAGAAGGACGGGCUCAGUCACUAGCAGAUCUGAUUAAAUCUCAAUAUGGUUUACAAGAAUGCCAAUACAGCGGAAAAUUUCUAGAAAAAGAGAACGGCAUGUUAAACAGCACUUCAUCAAGCACAAUAUUCCUGGCUGUUAACGUGUUUGAAAACCAAGUAGAUAUCUGGUUACUUUCCAGAGAGAAACCUGUUCUUCACCGGAAGAGAAAACUUGACCAUCAUCGUGCAAAGAACGCAAAUGAAACGCUACAGUCUUUGAUUCAAUUUUCCUACGAAAAUAUGGGUGUUCGUGCUAAAGUUAAGUGUGAGAAUCGAUCUUUGGAUGCAUUACAUAAACAACGCUCAGUUGUGGAGCGGUCAUCCAAAACGUGCUCACAGCCUAUUAACCAAGAAGGAAAUCUUCCGUUAGCCACGCUGUACAGUUAUGUGAUCGCACCAGUAUUAGAUCUGAUUGACGGCGAUGAAAUAAUCAUUGUCCCGGAUGGUCCAUUAUGGCUAGCUCCCUCUGCUGCAUUGCUAAAUCCUUUUUUCAGAUACUUAUGUGAAUCCUUCAGAGUUAGAGUGAUUCCCUCGAUUACAAGUUUGAAGAUGAUUGCCGAUUGCCCAGAAUACCACAGCGGUCUUGGAGCUCUAGUUGUAGGAGAUCCAGACGUGACGAAAGUUACUAACAGCUAUGGAGACCAGCUGGAGCCGCUUCCUUUUGCCAGAAAAGAGGCACAGCUGAUUGGGCAAAUUCUAAAUGCGGUACCCCUCACUGGAAAAUUGGCCACCAAAUGUGAAGUGCUAAAACAGAUUAGUUCGGUUGCCGUAGUACACAUUGCUGCACAUGGGCGCAUGGAGACCGGAGAAAUUGCGUUGAGCCCGAAUCCUGAACGGAAAUCGCAGAUCCCUGCAGAAGAAGAUUACAUGUUGGCAAUGACUGACGUGAUGAAUGUGAAGCUACGAGCAAAGCUGGUUGUCCUUAGCUGUUGUCAUAGUGGUCGGGGAGAGAUCAAAGCUGAAGGCGUGGUCGGUAUUGCACGUGCCUUUAUGGGUGCUGGUGCUCGUUCUGUUCUGGUAUCGCUUUGGGCCAUCGAUGACGAGGCCACGUUGGAGUUCAUGAAAAACUUCUAUCACAACCUUGUUAAAGGGCGAAGUUCGAGCGAGUCCCUUAACCACGCAAUGAAAUGUCUCAGAGAAUCCGAGAAGUUCAGCGAUGUAAAAUACUGGGCACCUUUUACACUUAUUGGCGACGACGUCACUCUCUCGACAAAUAACAAGAAAUCAGGCCCUCAUAGAGAAACUCAAGAGACAGAUAGAUGAUCCGAUCUUAUGCUUGUGUUUCUUUGGCCGCUCGUUCGCCAAGUUUAUCAAACUGUGGACAACGUAAAUGAGAAUUAGAUAUCGCCUGAAGUUGCCCAAGUAAUACACGAAGUGGUACCCCUUUUCUUCCGUGAAGAGACAAGUCACUGCAAAGAAUAUUUUUCAAUAAUAUACUGUUUCAAGGUCUAUCUCAUGUAUUACGUUCUGUUUUAAUUAGUUUUUGCACAAAUGGACUACUCAUAUAGAAUUUGUAAUUGGCCCCCAAAAUUGUAGUGAAAACUAAUUACAUGGCUGAAAACUGUGAGGUUUUUUGCUAAGAUAGAAAGAAACGAGGACUUAAAUGUUGAAGGAGCAGUGUCCCGACAGAUUUAUCGUGUUUUUUUUUAGUACACUAGCCUAGUUUCAGCUGUAAUUUUGAGCAAUAUUGUGCAACAGUAGAAGAGCUGAAGACAACACAAGGAAACAAAAAGGUACACUGCAAUAUUAAGUUUAAUUUGUUGGGCCUCAGUUUAAUUCACUUCCUUCAUUUUCGCAUUGCAGAGACGCUUUAAAUUAAUUAAGUUGUAUACAGUUGAACCUCUCCACAACAGCCACCUUGGGGAAAGAGGAAAGUGGCCGUUGUAGAGAGGUGGCUUUUGUCGACAGGUUUAAACAAGAGUCAAUGUAUGGCUUGCUCGCCAAAAAAAAAUUUGGCCGUUGUAGAGAGGCCGUGGCUGUUAGUAGAUACUCGAAUACUCGACUGUACUUGAUGAUGAAACAUAAGAAAAGACUGACAAAACUUCUAGACUUGUGCGCGGGCACGGUAUUGUCUGUUUCAUCUGCAACUGAACAUGUAGGGGUUGCUUCAGUUCAGUUCAGUUCAGUUUCUUUUCCCUCAAUAUUUUGACUAAUGCUAGUUUACAGACUUUGGUUGAUUUUUACAGGAAGAUGUUGCUACAGAAUUAACUUGAACGUUUGAGUAUGAUGGCCAAGUGAACCAUUAGGUUUCCUAAUUGGCCACCAUAAAUACCAAUUAAUAAAUACAGGCGAUCGAUGAACCAGAAAGAUCAAAAUUAAAAUAAAUAAGUAAAUGAUAACAUAAUACAAAAGAAAAGAACGAACAACAAUUGAUAACAAUUAAACAAAAUACAAACGUAUAAAUACAGAUAAGUUUUAAAAGAAGGGAGUUUAGGCAGAACUAGGUAGUGCUAGGUUUAGACAAGUAUUGCUCGAACAGUAGAUGAUGUUUGAUUAUUUUUUUUUUUUUGAAAAAAGCGUUCUUAUUCAAUUCUUUAAGGUAUUGUGGAAUGCUUUUCCAACGACCGAUUGCCUUAAAUGAAUUCUGCUUGCCAGUAUUCUUUCUUACACGAGGUUUAUAUGAGUUUUGAUUGGUUGCAUAUCUAGUAUUGUUUAAUAGUUAUGGAUAUCGCCAGCGUAAAGAAAGGUGUCGAGAAAUAUGUUGGGUAGUAAACCUUUAUGCCAGAGAUCGGUAAAUUUUAAAGAAUGCAGAGAAUAAACGAUGUAUGAGUAUGUCUAGCGAAUUCAGCAAUGGGAAAGUACUCUCGGUAUAUUUACCACGUGUGUUUACAAAGAAUAUUAAUCUACCUACAAGAUUUUGCUUAAUCUGCACUUUUUUUUAGGUGCGAGUUAUAGGUGCUAACCCAAGCCAAAAUUGAAUACGAGAUGUAAGGAUAAAUUAACUUGCAGCAAUUUGCUUUAGUUGCUUAACAGAUAUUUCAGUAAACAAAAAAAGAAUCUAAUGUGUUUCCACUUUCAACACACUAUUAAAUUUAUAUGGUGAUUCACAAAACUAGUUUCGUCUAACGACCCCUUCAGUUGAUCGCCACAGUAUUCAAAAUAACAGACACUUUAACGACCCCUAGUGACAAGGCUGUUGGGUUACAACAGUCCUUGGGAUGCGAACGUAGUUCCAUUCACUUUUUUUAGUUCAAUAGAUUAUCUUCCUUGAUUUUACUAAUCAGAACAGACUCUGUGAUUUGUCUUAACAUCGCUUCGUUAUGAAAUGUGCCCGUGACAUUCAUUACAAAGUCAGGAACGUUUCCGUCAUGCCUGUCACAUGAGUGUCUCCACAUUACCGAACUCUCCUCCCGUCUUUCCAGAGCAUUCAGGAGCUCUUUCCCGCGAGUGUAGGCGCUUCAUGAUGUUUCCCCCAACAUACUUAUUCUUGCAGUCUUGACAUACUAGCUCAUAAAUAACUCUUACCAGUACUGCGGCAAGAUCCCUUUCCGUUAUUUCGGCGGACCAAGUAGUCAACUUUUGAGCAUGUUUUCUCUCUGAAAGGAUCUGACUUUUGUAAUACGCUCUUUAUUGCUGCACCUGACUGUUCAACGACCUUAAUCUUAACAAAAAAAACUGGCUUAAUUUCUAUACAAUCCCAACAUUUCUGGAAAUUCGUGCGCAAAUACAUGAGAUAUGAUAUUUCUAUCUGGUCUUUGCGAACUAGAGAGUAUAUAGUACGUUCCAUCCAUGUUUCUAAGCUGAAUAUUCACUGAUAUAUCCUUUUUAGUAGACUUAACUAUCACAAAAUUAGUUUUGGAUUCCACAGCAAAAAUUUCCGUAUUCCGGCCGUAUCCCUGUGUAUACAUUUUAAUCACCUUAACUCUUUUAAGAUUGACGAUGGCAAUAAGAAUCUUUUGGAAAUGAAGAGGACAUGUAAGUAAUCGUUACCUUUUGCAUACUUUCAACUUCACUGGUGUAAUUUUUUUUUUUUUUUUUUUUUUUACCCUUUGAAAAAGUGCAAAAGGGUUGGGGUAAAAAAGCUUUCGGUAAACACGAAUUUUUUCAAGACUUUUAAUUUUUCACGGAAGGAAUAAAUGUAAACAUCACGGAAGACGAACCAAAACCAAAAAAUUAAACGAGAGAAACACAUUAAUAGUGUUUGUUCAUUUUUAACUUUUUUUUCAUUUUAUAAUUUAAUACAAAAAUUAAUAUUUUUGUUUUUAGAAAAGAGACUUGUUAUUUAUCUUUUCUUUUUCCUUUUUUUAUCAUUUAUUUUUGUAUUUUUUUUUUUUUUUUUUUUUUUCAGCAUUAGCAGAAGUGCACAAGGGUGCUGGUAACAAAGCUUUCGGUAAACACGAUUUUGUUCAAGCCGUUUACUUCUUCACGGAAGGAAUCAAUGUGAACAGCCAGGAUGACGAACUAAACGCCAAGCUUUACCACAACAGGGCGACCGCACACUUUUAUGCGGGUAGAGUAUUUUUGUUUUCUUGUAAAAACUAAUUUCAACCUUAAGGAAUGAAAAGAACAAUAAACAAAACAAAAUAAACAAAAACGAUCAUAGAAGAUUAAAUUAAAAGGAGUAAUGAAAUAUUGUAAUUUUAAAAAAUGAUAUGAACCUCAGCACAGUCAUUACCCUCUUGAAGACUACGGUAUCUGAUGACAAUUUAGCACAUAGGAUCUUGUGCCUUAACUGAUCUGAAACUUAAUCCAGCGAGUUCUCAGUGACCAGUAGUCCAAGUAUGUCCUGCGUGGCAGGCGCAAAAUACAGAGAGGGAGGGAGAGAAAAAAUGGAAAAGGGAAAGGAGUGCGUGCUAUACGAAGCCAGUUAUUUUGCAUAAUAACUCCCUUUUCCCUCCUUCCCCCUCCCCUUUCCACGCCUAUCAUGAUGCAGGUGAGACCAAGCCAGGAAAUGUGAUUAAAAUGACUCUUGUGACUCUCUUUUUCCCGACACAUCAGUUCUUCUUUUACAAACUUCUGAAGUGAAUAACGUAUACAGGUACAUUCUUUCAUAGGUGAAAAUUAUUAUUAUUUUUUAUUACUGUUUUUUUUAUUAUUAUUUAUUUACAGGAAAUUAUGAGGAUUCACUUAGUGACUACAAAGUUGCAGUAUCAUUACAUCCCACUUACUUAAAGGCUAUUGUCAGAGGUGAGAAUAGAUUAUAACACAGUUUAUCACGCUACACAAUGAAGAGAAGUCUUAUAACCCAAAACUUGCUUUACACCAAACCUUUUAUACCCCUGAUUUAAAUGGAGACAAUAUCACUUCCAUUAAAUCUUGAAUUGUUUAUACAUUAAAAUUUAUUUAAAAAAAUAUGGGUAUUUGGAACUCACGUUCAGAAUAGGACCACCAUAGUUCAAGUUAACCUGAAAUCAGUACAAGGUCAGGAAACAAAGGAGGACAGGGCUCGUUCAUCUCCAUGUGAGUUAAGAAUACAAGAUAUAUCUCAUGGCCGGGUUUCAAAAACUUGGUAGCGAUGAUCGUAUUUUACUAAAUCCCUUAGAAACAAUUAAAACAUGUAGCUUUGUAAAGGACUGCUGAUGAGUUUUAAAGACGUGUAAGAUAGAAUUCAGUGGCAUGUCUCAAUUUCACGUAGGGGCGACUACCUGUGUGAAGUUGAAGAAGUUUGAAGAGGCUAAGAAAUGGUGUGAGCAAGGGCUUUCAGUAUCCUUUACUGCCUGCAAUUGAUCUUUAAAACUACUUCAACCGUAUUUCUAUUAUAUUGUCCAUUUUUGUCCAUAAUGACAUUCUCCUUUCUCAAAAAAGGGUAGUUCUUUUAAGUUUCACUGUAAAGAAUUUUACUUAUACUGUUUCCUAAAGGAAACGUAAAAGGCUUAGUUCAUCCUGUGGUUUUUUGUCUCUGAUGUUAAAUUAUUAUUAUCAACGGCGUCCAACUACCAAAUUGCGGUCGGUUCCAUGACGCCGUCCACCAUUUACAAUGCUCAUAAUUUGUAAGUAUCAAAUGUUAAACCUGAUUUUUCUCCGCUAAUAAAGAAAAAGCCUGCAUCUAUGAGGAAAACAGCCCAAUUCAAACAAUUAUAACAACUAAAUCCUUAAUCACACCUAGAGAGCGAGUGGUAGAACAGUAAACGACAACUGUUCAAUCUUUAAUUAAUAAGGAUUUGCAUAGCGCGAGAAUCUCGUAUGCUGUGAUCCAGGAUAAUUCAUAAAUUGAUGUUUUCUUUUUUGCUAUUAAUAUUUCUUCCUGGAAAGCUUCAAGCUCCUAAUUAAAUUGUUAAGGGGCGGACCAUUAUGGGGGAGGGGUGGGGGUUUUUGCCUUGCAAGACCUUUUUACUGGCCGAUUGCCUGUGCAAGAAUUUUUUUUUUUUUUAAGUGCAACCCUUUGUAGGAAUUUUUUUCCGAAAAUUUCAUUCACACGUUUUAGUCAUUAAGAUAAAUGAAAAUGACGCUGCUUCGUUUUAUUACAGAGGUUGUUCUUUAAACGUGACUUUCACUGUUCAAGUUUACACUUAUGACUCACAAUACUAAAGUUUAAUUGAUGUAACUUACACAAUGACUGUCCUAGACGGCAUGGCGCCUUUCUUUUGCUCUUAUGCCACCACUAGGCAGGGAAUGUAAGUUUUUUUUCAUGAAAAUCGUAUGCUGAGAUGCCUGCAUUUCACAUAACACUGUGUAAAUCCUUUUAUUAACGUCUUACACAGAGCGUACUCAUGUGCAAUGUCUUGAUAGAAACGCUGGUGUCCAGACACUACAGCUUAAACUAUGCAACUGACUAUAAGUGAAAGUUAUUUGUAUCUCACUAGUGAUUUAGGAGCAUUUUAAAUUUGAGAAAUGAUCAAAACAUAAGAAAAUAUUGCAGAAUGGCGUUAACUCCUAGCGCAAAAAGUCCAAGUCUGAAUAUUUGAUUAUCUUCUUCGAGAAUAUCGGAGCUAAAAACUCAGCUGUGUUUAUAAGCUAUAAAGUCAAAUAUCUUAAUAUACUUUGUUAUUUUAAGAGCUAUAGAUCAGUUUCUAAAUUUGUUUUCUCUUCUCUUCUCUUCUCUAGUUCAGGCUGAGGUUUUUCCCUCCCACCAAAACACAUGGUCAUUCUGGUACCCAGCGUACCAGAGGUUUUUUCUCGCGUGUGGCGGGAAUCUUCGUUGUCGGCUUGACACCGAAGCCGUGAGCAGCGAAGCAAAAAAAACCUCACUUUUUGCGGGUGUAACUAUAAGAAAAAAACCUUGACACACCCCCAACCCCCCUGCCCCCCAUCAGUUUUCUAAUGGUCCGUUCCUAAAUAUCCUCUGGCAAAGUCAUCCGUCCCAUUCUUUUUUUAACUUCACACAAACCUUGUUACAUGUCUUGACUAUCCUAAGAUUGACAAGUUUGACAAGACGCUCUUAAAUAUAAAGCACUCAUGGAUCAUGAAUAAGUUCUUGGAAGCCGAGGCUUACAUCAGAUCGGGCACUGCUUUUAAACGUCCAGAUGAUUUCAAGAAAGCCAUAGAACAUCUCAACAUUGUUCUUGGUGAUGUCAAAGAAAUGGGAGAAAAAGUUUUGGAGGAAAAAACCUAUAGCUAUCUCGCUUGUGCUUAUGCCGGUCUUAGUGAUUAUAAAAAAGCCGUGGUCAACUACAACCUACUUCUUAGUGCUGCUAAAAGCUUAGGGGACAAGCCUGAGGAAGGAAAUGCGUAUGCAGGUCUUGGUGACGCUUUGUUUCGCCUUGGUGAUUUCAGAGAGUCCCUGGAUUAUUACAGAUAUGCCCUGAGCAAUGCCAAAGAUCUGAACGACAAGGAAAAAAUAGCCAUUGCAUAUGGAGGACUAGGAAAUGCUUCCCAUGCUCUUGGACAUAUUAAAACCGCGAUCAGCUACCUGGAACGGAGUCUUGACUAUGCCAAAAAAAUCGGAAACAAAAGGGAGAUAGGAAAAACAUACAGCAUGCUUGGCCAUAUUUUUCACAGCCUUGGAGACUAUAAGUCGUCCAUAGAACACCACAAAAGUUCCCUUGAUACUGCCAAAGAUGUCAGAGAUGUGGUCAUAGAAAGCGAGGCGUAUGGUGGUCUUGGCAUUGCUUAUGACAGUUUCGGGGAUUUCGAAAAAGCCAUUUAUUACCAUAGCCAACAACUUAGGAUUGCUAAAACUACUGGAGACAAAGUUGGUGAGGCAGUUGCAAAUGGCAAUCUGGGAAACGUUCAUACCGGUCUUCGAAACUUCGAGAAAGCCCUCCACUACUACAAACAGCGCCUUAGUAUCGCAAACGGUCUGGGAGACAAGGCUGGGGAAGGACGCGCGUAUUUUCAUCUCGGCAACACUUAUGAAAAACUUGGGGAUUAUGGUAAAGCUUUUGAAUAUUACACCCUUCGUCUCCGUAUUGCUGAAGAUCUGGGAGACAAGGCGGGGAGAGGGGAUGCCUAUGGCAGUUUAGGUGGAGUUUUCCUGUGUUUUGGAAAUUGUAAAAAAGCUGAAGAACUUUUCAAACAACAGCUUAGAAUUUAUGAAGAGCUUGAAAAUAAAAUGGGGACUGCUGUCGCUUACCAUAAUCUUGGCCGAUGCUAUGAGUUGAUGGGAAGUCCGCCUAAAGCAGUCGAAAAUUACCGAUCAAGCGUUAAAGUGUCUAAUGAAAUAAGAGGGUCUCUCCAGUCUGAAGAUCAAUGGAAGAUUGGUUUUCGUAACGAAUGUAACAUUGCUUACAUAAGUCUGUGGAGAUGUCUGUUAAAACAAGAAAAGAUUGGUGAAGCUCUAGCUGCUGCCGAAGAAGGUCGGGCCCAGUCACUAGCUGAUCUUAUGAUUUCUCAAUAUGGUUUAAAAGAAUGUCAAUACUGCCAUUACAGAGGAAAACCUCUAGAAGAACAGGAAUUUGGCAUGUUGAACAGCACUUCAUCAAGCAUCGUAUUCUUAGCUGUAAACGUGCACGAAAACAAAGUAAAUAUCUGGUUACUUUCAAAAGAGAAACCUGUUCUUCACUGGGGGAAGACACUAGGCGAUCAUUGUGCAAAGUUUGCAGCUGAAACAUUACAGUCCUUAAUUCAAUUUGCCUACGAAAACAUUGGUGUUCGUGCUAAUGUUAACUGCGAGAAUCGGUCUUUAGAUGUGUUACGCGAAAACUGCUCUGCUGUGGAGCGGUCAUCCAAAAAGAGCUCACAGGCCGUUCUCCAAGACGAUAUUCAUCCCUUGUCAGCUUUGUACAGCUAUGUGAUUGCCCCGAUGUUAAAUCUAAUUGAUGGCGAUGAAAUAAUCAUUGUCCCGGAUGGUCCAUUAUGGCUUGCUCCGUUUGCUGCAUUACUGAAUCCUUCUUCCAAAUACUUGUGUGAAUCAUUCAAAGUCAGAAUAAUUCCCUCUCUGACAAGUUUGAAAAUUCUUGCUCAUUGUCCAGAAUAUCACUCCAGUAGUGGAGCUCUAAUUGUCGGAGAUCCAGACGUGAGUGAAGUUACCAACAGCCAUGGAGACCAGCUCGAACAGCUUCCUUUUGCCAGACAAGAAGCACAGAUGAUUGGGCAGAUUCUUAAUACGGCACCUCUCACUGGAAAAUUGGCCACCAAAUGUGAAGUUCUAAGACAGAUUAGUUCGGUUGCCGUAGUACACAUUGCUGCACAUGGACGCAUGGAAACCGGAGAGAUAGCGUUGAGCCCAAAUCCUGAAAGCCGGAAAUCGCAGACCCCUGCAGAAGAGGAUUACAUGUUGACAAUGAAAGAUGUGAUGAGGGUGAAGCUGCGAGCCAAGCUAGUUGUCCUUAGUUGCUGUCACAGUGGUCGAGGAGAGAUCAAAGCUGAAGGCGUGGUCGGUAUUGCACGUGCCUUUAUUGGUGCUGGUGCUCGUUCUGUUCUGGUGUCGCUUUGGGCCAUCGAUGACGAGGCCACGUUGGAGUUCAUGAAAAGCUUCUACCAUAACCUUGUUAAAGGGCGAAGUGCGAGCGAGUCUCUUAACUACGCAAUGAAAUGUCUCAGAGAAUCCGAGACGUUCAGCGAUGUAAAACACUGGGCGCCUUUUACGCUUAUAGGCGAUGACGUCACUCUCGACGAACAAGAAGAAAUCAGGGUCUCGUAA